GCCAAAGUGCCACGUUGGGCCGGGCUGCGGCGUGAGGAGCCGGCUCUAGGCGCCAAGCGGGGUGCUCGCGCCGGGGCGCCGGCAGUUGGGGCCGUUGGGCGGCGCGAGGCGGGUCGGGAAGCGGGUGGACGGCGAGCGCUGCGGGCCGCCGCGGCGGCGGCCGGCAAGUGGCUGUGGUGAGGUGGUGAGGCGGUGAGGUGGCGCGGCGGAGCCUGGGCGGAGGCGCGUCCCGCCCGAGGGCGGCUCUGGCUGAGGGCGGCGGGACCGGGGGACAGCCCGGGGCAGCGGCGGAGGCGGGACAGCGGCAGCGGGGGACGCUGCCCCUGGAGUCCCCGGCGGAGAUGCUGGCGGAAAACCCAGUGGAAGAGUUUGAGAUGAAAGAGGACGAGCCGUGGUACGACCACCGGGACCUGCAGCAAGAUCUCCAACUUGCUGCUGAGCUUGGGAAGACAUUACUGGAUCGGAACACAGAGUUGGAGGAUUCUCUUCAGCAGAUGUACACAACCAAUCAGGAGCAGUUACAGGAAAUUGAGUAUCUGACCAAGCAGGUGGAGCUUCUACGGCAAAUGAAUGAACAGCAUGCAAAAGUUUAUGAACAACUAGAUAUCACAGCAAGGGAACUGGAAGAAACGAAUCAAAAGCUUGUUGCUGACAGCAAGGCCUCACAGCAAAAAAUUCUGAGCCUGACUGAAACAAUUGAAUGUCUACAAACCAACAUUGAUCACCUCCAGAGCCAAGUGGAGGAGUUGAAGUCGUCUGGCCAAGGGAGGAGGAGACAGGGGAAAUGUGACCCAGAGAAAUCGACACCCAACUUCUCGUGUCUGAAGGAGCUCUAUGACCUCCGCCAACACUUUGUGUAUGACCAUGUGUUUGCUGAGAAGAUCACUUCCUUACAAAGUCAGCAAAGCCCCGAUGAGGAAGAAAACGAGCACUUGAAAAAGACAGUGACAAUGUUGCAGGCCCAACUGAGCCUAGAGCGGCAGAAGAGGAUGACCAUGGAGGAGGAGUACGAGCUUGUGCUGAAGGAGAACAGCGAACUGGAAGAGCAGCUAGGGGCCACGGAUGCCUACCGGGCGCGCGCACUGGAGUUGGAGGCUGAGGUGGCAGAGAUGCGGCAGAUGCUACAGGCUGAGCACCCGUUUGUGAAUGGGGUUGAGAAGCUGGUGCCAGACUCUUUGUUUGUUUCAUUCAAAGAGCCCAGCCAGAGCCUGCUGGAGGAGUUGUUCCUGUCUGUGCCAGAAGCACAUAGAAAGCCUCUCAAGCGCAGUAGCAGCGAGACAGUCCUCAGCAGCUUGGCAGGGGGUGACAUCAUGAAGGGCCACGAGGAGACCUGCAUCAGGAGGGCCAAGGCUGUGAAGCAGAGAGGCAUCUCCCUUCUGCAUGAAGUGGACACUCAGUACAGUGCUCUGAAGGUGAAGUACGAAGACCUGCUGAAGAAGUGCCAGCAGGAACAGGACUCCCUGUCACACAAGGCAGUGCAGACUUCCAGGGCUUUGGCCAAGGACCUGAUGGGCAUGAACACCCCACCUGAAUCAGGUGCCAGCAGCUGGGAACCUGCCUCUGUCACCCCAGAGCCCAUCAGUUCUCCCAGUACCACGACACCCCCGGAGUACAAAGCACUGUUUAAGGAGAUCUUUAAUUGCAUUGAGAAAAGCAAGCAAGAAAUAGAUGCACAGAGAACAAAAUUCCGCUCUCUCACUCCUUAUUCCUAAAUGAGUCUCCAGCUUUACUGCUAACUUACCUGUCUUACCACCCUUCUCCCUUUCAGACUCCAAAGCCUGAUGUUUGAUGUUGCUCAUGAUAUUUGCCUCAUUGCUUUGCUUAUGUAGCAAAUGCAGGCAGCAAAGAAAGGAGGUAGCUAAUGAUGUCAGUUCUGUAAUCCAGUUCCUUCUAAGUGUUGUAGGAAAUCCCAUGAUAAACUGGCCUCUGGCUGGCACAGUCAUUAGGCUGCAGUUCCUGGAAAAAUCUUAGAGCCAGUCAAGGGAUGUCCAUGCUCCUGGAGAAAUAGGCUUGGAGUCACUAUCAUAGUGGGGAAAGGACAAGGGUUGGAACAAAGCUGAGCAGUUGCCUCCUUGCUCAACUUCUCAAAACUAUGUAGAAGUCAGGGCUGCCAAACUGAAAUACCUUUUGCAAACACUGUUGGAUACUGUGAAUUCGUUUCGGAAGAAUGUUCAAGAGAAAGCGGAGUCGAAUCCAGAAUAAGUGACAUUAAUAAAUCCACACCCUCCAGUUUUGUUAUAUCCACUACCAGUUGAACUGUGACAGAAUCCAGAAUAAGUGACAUUAACAAAUCCACCUCCUAUAUUUAAAAGUUUUUUUCAAAGCUACAGCCUUUAGGAUAGGGGAGUGUGUUUAAUUCCUUUCCCAAAUUUAAGCUAAAGGAGAAAAGAUCCCUUCUGCUCCUCGAUGUGGCCUGGCUGGCCAGCGUGCCCGCUGGCGCCACUCCUGCCAGCUCUGAGCAUUGCUCUAAGUGGUUUUGACUUGCUGCAGAAAUUCCCAUCUGCUACUUUACUAAGCAGUGUUGAUGUUCUGACUGUGGAAAUACACUCUUACUCUCAUUUGCUACUUUUAAUUUAAAACUAUUUAAGAGAACUGAGGUUCUGAUUAUUGUAUAUAUUUUUCUAAAAGCUGAAUAAAGCUACCUAUGAAAAUGA